ACCGGAGAGUUGAUCAGGAUGAAGUUGUUAAUACUUACAGUUGCACUUGCUGUAAUUGCUUUUGUUGUUUGUGAACAAUAUACGGAUCGAUACGAUGAUAUAAACAUUGACGAAAUUUUGUCCAAUAAAAGAUUGCUUAUUCCUUACGUGAAAUGCUUAUUAGACAAAGGUCGUUGCACUCCGGAAGGCAAGGAGUUGAAAGUACAUAUCAAAGACGGAAUGCAGACGUCGUGUUCAAAAUGUACAGAAUUCCAGCGGAAGAUGGCUCGCAAAGUUGUGAAGCACCUUAAAGAUAACGAACCUGAUUAUUGGGAACAGCUGAAGGGUAAAUAUGACCCUGAAAACAAAUACGUCGAAAUUUAUGAAGCUUUUUUGGCUUCUGAAGAUUAAGUAGAUUAAAAUCCAAUCAAAUAGCAAUUUCAUUUCUUGUGUUCUGGUUGGUUUAUAUUUCAAUAUAAAAUUAUUUAUUGUAUUUUUUUAUGACGACAUGUCUACAAAUUUUUAAAGAUUUAAUUUAUUUGUUCCAAACAAUAAUACAAAAUAAAAUAAUUGCUUUUG